AACCCCACUCUGCUCUGCCUUCGUCCUCCUCCGCUCCUUUGCCUUUCCCCCGCCCUCCUCUUCUUCCUCUCGUGACUCUCGCCACUCCCUUCCUUCCCCAUGCCUGCAAUCUAACGCAUCACUGCCAUCUCCACCACCACGCCACUUGCACUGGAACCCGCCCCUUCCCUCGCCUUCCGUUUCUCUGCCUGCCUGCCUGCCUCCCUCCCUCCCAGUCAUGGAAUAGAUCCCCAGGCUGCCUUUCUCAUAGCAGAAGCCUUGUUCUUUGCGUGGUGGAUGUGUGGCAUAUACGCAGGCUUAUUUCGACAAGAGUUACAAAGGAGAUACCACCUCCAGAACUGUGAACCGUGUACCGUCCAUUGCUGUUUGCACUGGUAUGCACUAUGUCAGGAGCAUCGCGAGAUGCAGGGACGUUUAUCGGACAACGUGGUGAUGCCCAUGACUGUUAUCAAUCCUCCGCCUUAGCAACAGAUUAAUUUUGAAGAAUCCGCAACAGCAAGCGACUCGAAGCCUGCCCAGAUACAAGAUACAGGCUUCAUAACGAUCUAUAUUCUGAGCUGGUGAUAUUGAAUCUUAAUCCUUUAUGAGGUAGGAGCUCAAUUCAACAAGAGUUGCUUAUCGUGCUUGAUAUCCAAUUCAACUGGUGCACCUUCCUCCCCAUAUUGAUCGAAACAACUAUGUAGUUUGUUUGGAAUAAUACGAGAAAAUCAACUUAGGUAAUGGUUAAACCAUUUACAUCCUGAAAUUUUAAGCCUUAUAGGUCUCAUAAUUCAUUGGGUUGAAAAAUAGUGUUUGAAUGGCUUUUUAAUUACCUCAAUCCCUCGUGCAUUCUCUUCAAGUACUCUUUAUAAGUUGGGUAAAAUGACAACAAGCAACUAGUAAGAAACUCACCAUUUGCAUUUGGAAUGGGUACGCCAACUUGGGUGAGUGAUGUAGUGACAUGAUGGGAGUGAAUUACGGGUUUUCUUCUUUGUGUACGAUUUCUUCUUAAGCUCCUUGGUUAUAUUUGCUAAAAUACUUAGGAUAUGCAUUUAGGAAUAGGAAUGCAUAUCCUAAAUGCAUCCAACAAUCAGGAUAAAAACAUUACUUUGAAUUUUUCAUCUCCAAUGCUUCUACAUUCCUAUUGAAUUCUUAUUAUCUAUUCUUCCUUGUGAAAAUGUUGAUAUUGUUGUGGUGGCUUUGUCUAUUGGAGUUUUUUGUUUAUUAUUUGUGUUAUUGACAAUACAUUGCCUCUCAAAAGUGCUUGAACUAUGUGUUAUUGACUAUUACAUUUAAUUUUCUUUAUUUUGUGUAGGAUUAGUGGUGUUACUUUACAAGAACCAUUUGGACUUAAAUAUAUUUACUUAAGCAAGUGAACAUAUAUAUCAACAUUUUCAAUAUUGUGAGGACGAGCCAUUAGGAUUAUUUAAGAUUGAUGGUUUAGCUUUAAAAACAUAAAUUCAAUUUGUAGGAUAGAAAAUUGUAUGGAUUGUGGGAUAAUAUGGUUGAAAGAGUGUUUGAUGAAUACUUUUGAAAUACCAAACAUAUCUAAUAUGUAAGUUUCAACAAGUGAUGAGAAGGUGAAAUUGGAUUUGAUUUUCAUUAAUUCAUCAUGGAAUAUCUUUUGGAAUUAUUCAAGCAUUAUAUAAUCAUGAUUUGGAGCUUUUUACAUGGUUUUUUCAUGACAAGAUUUUCAAGUACCAUGGAAAAAUAUGACAAAAUAUCAAGUUUGCAAGGUAUUUUUGGAGAUACUUGGAAAGGAUCUAAAGUUUAUAUUGGAGCAUUUGAGGUUUUAUUAAACAAAAAUAACUUAUUGAAUAAAAACCAAUGUGUACAUUUGUGUAAGAAAAUUGAACAUGUUACUAAGGUUUGUGACCACCUAAUGACUUGCACCAAUGAUGCUUUGGAGUUUAGGCUUUUAAUAAGUGAGUUGUUUUUUAUAUUAAAUAAAUCUUAUUUUCUAAUAGAAAAUUGUGGUAAACCAAAUUGGUGUAAAGAAGCUAUCGUUCAAUUAAAUAACAAAGAGACUUUUAGAGAAUUACUUUUGGAUUUGAAAUGUUGUUGUGAUAUAGCAAGUGAUAUACUUUUAAAGAAUUAUUCUAAAAAACUUGAAGACGUCUCAUUUGCUACUUUUAAUGUUGCAACAUAUGAUGAAGUACAAGAUGAUGUUAAAGUUGUAUAUGAGAGGUUGAUUCAUGCAAAUGGAAUAGAUGAUUUUGAAUAUUGUGGACUAGCAAAGCAUCUACUACAAAGAUUAGAAGAUUUACUUCAUAUAGAUGAGGAGGAAUUGGAUGAUUUAAAACUAUCAUCUAACAUAGAGAGUCUUCAAUUCAUAAAAAACAUAAGUGAGGGAAGUUUUGGAGCGGUUUAUGAAUCAAAGUGGUUGGGAGUUUUGUGUGCAAUCAAAAAGAUGGAUGUUGCACUUAACAAGUUUUUUAAAAGAGAAGUGACCAUUUUAGCCAAUUUAUGCCACCCCAACUUGAUAACAUAUUAUUUUGCAAUGAAAGGUCAUGCAAAUGAAAGUGGUGAAUCUUCUGAGAUAGUAGUUAAAAAAGACUAUUUGUAUAUUGGCAUGGAAUUGAUGCCAAAAAAUUUAAAUGAUAUGCUGGAAAAUACAAAGCAAACAUCUUAUAUUUUUCUUAUUGAUAUUAUAUAUCAAAUUGCAAAAGGGAUGUGUUACUUGCAUGACAUGCACAUUGCACAUCGUGAUUUAAAACCUCAAAACAUUUUGGUUAAUGUCAUGGAGAUAAAAAUUAUGAAUAAGAUUAUUCAACAUGCUAUUGUGAAAGUGAUAGAUUUUGGAAUAUCUAAGAUUGAAGUUGGAAGCAAUCCAGAAACCACAAAGAAUGAAGAACCUUAUGGCAUUGUUGCAUAUAUGGCCCCUGAGGUAUUGAAAAGCAAAUUUGAAACAAUAACAAUGUGUCCUUUUGAAGCAGAUGUUUAUUCAUUUGCAAUGGUAUGCUCUAAGAUUCUUUCAAGAAAAGACCCAUUCGAUGGUGUUUAUAAGAUGGAAGCAAUAUUAGAAAGAAUUGAAAAAGGUGAAAGACCAAAGUUACCUUCAAAUUGUAAUGACUUGAUUGAGCUUAUCCAAGAGUGUUGGAUGUUGAAUCCUUUGCAUCGGCCAAAGUUUGCAAAUAUUUGUAAAAGAUUGAACUUAAUAAAGAAAAAGUUUUUAGUUGGAAUUGAAGUGGCAAAUGCACCAUAUUUUGGAGAAUCAAAUAAGAAUUGUCAUCAAAGUAGAAGAUUUCAGCUAAUACAUAAUGAAUCGCCAUUGGUAGAUUUAUCUAAAGAGGAAAUAUUUGGUAGAGCACAAUAUUUAUCACAAAUUAGAAAACUAUGUGCAAAUGAAGUGAAGGUAUUGUAUCUUGUUGGAAUCGGUGGAAUAGGCAAGACCACAAUAGCAAAGGCUACAUUGAUUAAUGUAAAAAACAUGUAUAAUGCCUCAUGCUUUGUUGAGUGCAUUGAUAGCGGAAGUGAUUGCUAUACAACUUCUUGCAAUAUCUUAGAACAAUUUCAAGUCAAAGAAAAACCAAAAGAUGCAAAAGAAGCUCAUAAAAUGUUAAAAUCAUUUUUAACAAAGAACAAAAUAAUUUUGGUGUUUGACAAUAUAAAGAAUCAAAGUCAAAUUGAAGAUGUUGUGCCUAUGGAUGACAUAUUUGCUAGCAAUGGUAGCACAUUGAUUGCAACAACUCGAGAUUCAAAUAUAAUGAAGGAUUGUGGUAAAGAGAUUUGUAAAUUAAAUAUUGAAGAACUUGAUGAAGAAACAAGUAUGAAGAUGUUUACUACUCAUUCAUGUGGCCAAGAAAGUCUACCCAUUGAACUCAUUGAGGUUGGCAAAAAAAUUGUAAGAGCUUGUAAUGGCCUACCAUUGAGUCUAAAAGUUAUGGGAGCAUUUUUAAGAGAAAAGAAAAGGUUGAGAUGUUGGGAGCGAGCUUUACAAAAGUUGAAAAGGGGAAGAAAGUUGGAUGGAGAUGAAAACAAUAGUAACUACAAGAUUUGGAAGAUAUUAAGAGUAAGCUUUGAAACUUUGAAAAUAGAAGAAAAAAAAAAUGUUUUUGGACAUAUGUUGUUUCUUUUGUAAUGAUGUUUGUCCACAAGGCAUGUCAAAAGAAAGAGCUUUGCGAAUAUGGGUCAAUAGUCAAAAACACAUAUUGGAACAUCACAUGGAAUUUACUUUAAAUACAUUGAUUUACCAAUCAUUGAUAAAAUUAGA